CAAACCGAAUAACAAAUCUGGAAAGGACGAUAAUACAGCUAGUCUACAUGAAAAUAAACGACUUAUCAGCAUGACAGAUUUCGCUGGUCAAGUGGCUUACUAUGCCUGUCAUCAAAUCUAUCUGUCCAGGAGGGCGUUUUAUCUCUUGGUCAUUGAUAUGUCAAAAAAGCUGAAAGACAUAGCAUAUGAUCCAGAGAGACACAAUCCGAUUGGAUCACUAUUCGAGAAAUGGACUUAUGAACACUACUUUGUUUUCUGGUUGCAAUCCAUCAAAACCUACUGUGACGACAAAAAGAUGAAAGAAAAAUUCGGGGACCGUGCGGGAGUAAAUCCGGUGAUAUUAAUUGCAACACACAGGGACCAGCUAGAAACGGAAAAUGUGAGAAAACCCGAGAAUCCUGCCAACAGUAGCAUGAUUGAAUAUCCAUUUUAUGAGGAGUUGGAGAAAUGCUUACCUAAAGAACAGACAUUAGGGGGUCUUAUUUCACCCGAAAGGUAUUUCGAAGUUGAGUGUCCACCUAGAUCUCUCUCUAAAGAACAAGAAGAUAGCAUCGAUGAAGUCAGGAAGUGCAUUGUUCAGACAGCAACGGGUCUUCCCCACUGGGGAGAAAAAAUACCAACUCAAUGGUCAUAUUUUGAGCAAAUUGCUUAUGAAAAAAAGAAAGAGAAAAUUCUCAAAAGAAAUGACUUGUGGGAUAUGGAUAGAAUUCAAUUUUCAGAUGAGAAUGAUAUGGAUGACAUGCUUCGGUUUUAUCAAGAAAUAGGCCAAAUCAUCUACUUCUCAGACAAGAGGCUUCGAGAUGUUAUUAUUCUGGACGUCCAAUGGUUUGUAGAUGCCUUUAAAGCUAUCAUUACAGAUCCAACGCAUGUACGUCAUUUUACAGAGAGAACGAAGGAAUGGAAAGAUUUUGAAGAAACCGGCAAAUUGUCUGAUGCGACUUUAAUCAGAAUGUGGGAGAAAAUAAACGGUGGAUUUUAUAUCAAAUACAAAGACGAAAUUAUGCCAUACAUGGAAAAGCUCGGGAUACUGGCUAAUGUCAAGUCUCAGGAAGAGAAAAGAACGAGUUACAAGAAAAAUGAAAACACGUUUUAUUAUAUCCCUAGCAUCAAUAAGAAGGAUCUUAAAGACGAACACAAGCAAAUCAUUGAUGAAGGAAACAAGACACCCUUGUUUAUAUUCUAUUUUAGAAACUACCUGCCCCAUUUCUUCUCUUAUCGCCUGUUCGUUAAUUGUUUUCGGAAAUGGGAAUCGCUGCGAGACGAUCUCUUCUUUAAAAAUGCUGCCUUUUAUAGUGGUGAAGGAGGAGACCACAACAUUGUUAUUGCAGUAAGCAAAACUUCAAUCCAGUUACAAGUAUUUACACUAGCCAAAAAUAUCAAGCUGGAAGAAGAGGAAACAAAGAGUAUACGGUCGGUUGUGGAAGAGAUGAUCAAUGAAAUUACCACCACAUUUCAUGAACAAGUCGACUGUGAAAAGGGAUUUGCUUGUAAGGAUCUGAAAAUAACGGAAGAAGAUGAAGAUAUGUUUCUACGUGAAGAAGCCGUGUCCCGUUUGAAAACUAACAAGAGACCUUGCCCAAAACAUGUUCUGAAAUCUGAACGCCAUGACAUAGAUAGAGAUAGUCUUCUGAAGUACUGGUAUUAGGGCACAAACCCCAAUGCAUCACAGUGGGAUAGUACAUAACAUUUUAUUUCGAGGAAACCUUGCGGCAGAUUGUGUGGUGCUGUGUGAUUUUUUACCGAUAUGUACAUAUUUCAUAUUUCACUAAUCUUUUGAAGUGACACGAAUUAACUCCAGUUUGGGAGGUUGUUUGGUAUUUCUGAUUAAGGGUAAAUCUCGUACAAAGGGACAAAGAAACGCAAAAUAUUUUUUAAAGAAAUAUCUCAACAUCUAUAUCAUUUAUGGAGCAUUAUUGAAGCAACUUUCUAUGUAUAGACGUUCUGCAACUUCUAAUGUAAAACUUAUACGGUACCAAUUUUGAUGCACCAGAUGCGCAUUUCGACAAAUAAUGUCUCUUCAGUGAUGCUCAACCGAAAAAUUUGAAAUCCGAAAUAACUAUGAAGUUUUAGAGGUAAAUAUAGCCAAAAACAGCGUGCCAAACAAGUGGAGACAAAUUCGUCCAAGGAUAAGAACUAUGCACGAGGGAGAUAAUCCUUAAUUUUGAAAUGAAUUUCUAAUUUUAUAACAGCAAUUAGAUAUACAUCCGUAUUUUCAAGCUAGUAACGAAGUACUUAGCUACUGGGCUGUAGAGACCCUCGGGGACUAACAGUCCACCAGCAGAGGCCUCGACCCAGGGGUCAUAAUGUAAAACUUAUAUGGUACCAAUUUUGAUGCAAUAUCUAAUAUGAUAAAAUGCUUAUCAUUGGUUAUGUAGUACGGGAUUUCUUGAGAAAUUUUGUACAAAACGUUGAUGCUUUUUACCUCUUCACCGAAAAAUAUUUUGCAAAGCAUUAUAGAACAAUUGCUCAGAAGAUUCUAACUUGUAUGCAAGCUUUAAAGUUAUCUUACGACCCUUUUAAAGGAAUUCCGGAGCUAGUCUUAAGUUGUGUAUUCCAAUUAACUGGAAACCGACAUAUCUUUCUUAACCGUUUUAGAACAAACGUUGUAGAUUGUGAUAACACAUAUUAACGUAUAUCAAUUUUCAGGGACCAGAUGCUGAAACUAGGGACCGAGAGGUCAAAAGUGUUUGUAAAGAUCUCGAAAUCUUUAAUGCAUUUUUGAAGCAUUAUUGAUGCAAAAUGCUUGUUUUAGCGUUCUCCAACUACUGAUAGAAAGAAAAUCGUUCGUCAUAUAAUACGGGAUUUAUAGUGAACUAAUGUACGAAACUUUUUUAUUUUAUCGUUUCAACGAUAACUUGUUUGUAAAUCAUCAUAGAAGAAUUGCUGAUAUCGCUAUUCUAAAUAAUAUUCACGGUUCAAAAUAAUUCUUGCGACUCCUUCCUAAGAAAUUCGAAUGCUGCUCCCAAAAAUUCGACUAUCUCAAAUAUCUCGAAACUGAAUAUAUAUUUUGUUCAACGUCGUAGAACAACUAUGGUAGAUAACUGUAAGACGAUAUCAAGUUUUAGGGGUCAGGGUCUAAAAUGAGAGGCCAGGGGGAUCAACAGUAUUUUCUAAAUACCUCACAAUGUACAACAAAUUGUUGCAACUUUUCUUUUUCAUUUUGACGUUGUCCAACUUCUUUGCUAAUAGACUGUAAAGAGUGUCGGCUACUGUAACACUUUUGAGAUUGUUUCGUUUCAAAUUUCUUUUAUUAUUUUAAAAGUGUCACCGUUUCAUCCCGUGUAAAGGGGAGGGGUUAAAUGUUUUCAUGUUUUGAAAUAAUUCUCAUUUCACUGACAAAAACGUGACAUUCACAUCCAAAUGUUAGACCUAGACCAAGGAUCCACAAAUUGUAAUGCCUAUGUCAUUGACAAUAGUUUAUGCUUUUGUCAAGCAGAGUGUUGGAAUAUUUUUCAUUAUGACAUACAUCUACUAAAUUAUUACAUUCAUCUUUAUUAGAUCGAUUAAAAUUUGAUAAACAUAUCGUAAUGAUCCGCAUAAACAAAAAGCCAUCGUCUCGGUAAAUUCGAUAAAUCAACUACUAGUAGACUGAAGAAUAUUUUUCAGAAGGAUGAUUUUAAAAUAAACUGACUCCGAUUUUUCUCGUUUGAAUAAUUAGAUCUAUACACAUUUAUAACGAGCUAGACCCAGUGAUAGAUGACACUUCAUGUCUGUAUUAAGCUAUACUGUAAAAUACUACAGCGAUACUACAGCAAUACUUAUACUUGUAUAUAAUGCUAUACCAACAUUUUGUAUUCUGGAUUAAUAUGUAUUCUUGCAUGUAUUAACAUUGUUAUUUACUGUGUAGCACUGGAAAAGUGGCGGAAUUAUGAUCCCCUCUGUUUGUAACAAAACACACGAACAUUAACGCUUGUGGGUAUCUUCAUUUCAAUUCCAAAAGCUCUCUAAAAAUUAAAUGGGUUGUUAAGUUCAAGAUAGUACAGACGUAAUAAAAUCCCAGGUAAACAUUUUCAACAAUAUUUCCUCUUUAAAGCAUCUUUAUACGGUACUAAAUUGAAAGUGGUUGUCUUGGGAUGCAUUGAUUAUGAUUUUGAUUAAAGUCAUACUUUUUAAGGAUGUAUGCUACACCAAAGAAAUUUGAUAUGAAUGAAAAGUGGAGGAUAUGUACAAUAUUUAAAAAUUGAACAGUUUAAAAUUUACUUUAUUUUGUAAAAAAAAAAAAAAAAGCAACAUUUUUUGUUUACGACGUAAUCGAUAGUUUUUAUAAGGGGUAGAUCUGUAGCUCUCUGAUCUAUCCCAAUAUUUUCUCAGAGAGCUACUGUUCUGCAUCUCGUUUAAGGUUAGGCAUAAAAUUGAACUUUUAUGAAAAUCACCGCAUUUGACACUCAAUCUCUGAAUUUUGUAAUAUAUAAUCAGUUUGGUUGUUUCUCAAUACAUUAGUGUUUCCUUUUAAAGUUCUGUACUUUUAUGUAUUUUUUCAAUGAAAUUUUAAAACAUCUGAAUGCGUUAAUAUUGACUACGAUAUUUGGGCGUUAAUCUUCACAAUGUACACUCAAAAUGCAAAGACAAAAGGAAUUAAGUCUGUAAUAUCUCAAUAAGUCUUCAUGCUAUCGAAAUAUAGUUUCACAUAUUAAUCACUAGUAAGAGCAUACUGUCAACACAUUGUGUUUUGUUAAUGCAUUUCAUAUAAAAAAAAAUACUUUGAUUUGUGUGUACUGAUUUGGAUGUAAAAUUUAUAAAGAAGGCAGACGACGUUCAGUUGAUAAUAUAUUUUUAAUCAAAUCAUGUACAUCCCCAUAUAUUGGUUUGACAUGAAUCUGUACAUAUCUUCUUUGAUAUGAAAGAAAACGUUCAAAAGUCUAAUAAUAUUCAACAUAACUUUCCGAUCAUUUUUCUUUAAAUGUAUCUGAUGGAAAUGCCAUUUUCCGGAGAAAAUUCGGACUAAAGUUUUCUUUAUUUUUAUUGGAAUCAUAUAGAAAAUGUAUUUUAUUUUACCUGUUAGUAUCCGGACACAUACUGUAUGAAUGGUGACCAUUAAAUAUAUUCAAAUCACAA